AUGGGUUCUCUAGACAAGUCUCAGGACGAAUUCAUCGUCCUGGUGACCGGCUUUGGUCCCUUUAAGAACGACUUUCCACGCAACCCGAGCUGGGAUAUCGCUUCCUCGCUCCCCUCUUUCCUCCCUAUCCUGAACGCUAAGAGCCCUCACUCUGUUCGCGACGCCGCCUCCGACCUCCCGCCUGUGCGCAUCGUGGUCUACCCGGAGCCGGUGCGCGUCACGUACAGCGCCGUUCGGGCAUUGAUCCCCAGGCUCUGGAGGCCCGAGUUCACCGGUGUGCCGCGCAUCGACUUCGUCUUGCACAUAGGUAUGGCCUCCAUCAGGCCCCAGUACGUCCUGGAGUCCCUAGGCCACAGGGAUGGCUACAGGCUGGCGGACCUCGACAACAGGCUCCCCAUACAGGACCCCGCCCGGGACGACUGGCCGUGGCAGGGGAUUCCGAGCCAGCUUGUCACGGAGCUGGAUGUGGAUGGUGUGAUGGACAGGUGGGAGAAGCAUCUGCCGAACAACGAGAUCCCGCUCAAGGUGUCCACUAAUGCGGGCCGUUUUCUGUGCGAUUACAUUUACUUCAACAGUCUCGCACAGUGUUUCAAGAACAGCGAGCGGAGAAGAGUCGCGUUUCUGCAUGUGCCCGCCGCGAAACCUGACCCGGCUCCCGAGUAUGAAGAGCAUAUUGCGACGGGGAGGGAGAUUGCGAUACAGCUCAUCAGGUCGAUUGUGGAGAGCGAGCUGGCCAGAGCCUAA